UUCUCCAUUCCCCAAUUCCUGUCUCCCAAAUUCACCCCUCAAAUUCCCAAAGCAACUUUCAAAAUCAACCACAGAAACGAAAAUAGAAAGCAUCGAACGUUACCCGAGAGGAAGUCAGAUUUGUUCCAUAGCGUAGAAGGCUCGAAAGAUACGAAACAGAAAGGAACAAUGCUAGUCUGUGUCGCACGCAGACUGCGACAGUGUCGCCGCACACUUGGAAAGCUGACAGAUCAUUUUACACGAACACAUUGUGCGCACUCGGCUCCUCUGUCUGGCCACCCUUCUGCGAAAGUGAAUGAGCACGAGAGGGUGGUAAAAACCGAGCUAAGUGCUAUAUCGCCAAGUUGAAUUAAAGCGACGCAGUCCAAGGAGUUUCGCCUUCUGUUAAAUGAAAUGAGCCACUGUGCGAGUUGCUACUUCACUUUCGAAUACGAAUGUUGCCGACCUAACUUCGCUACGAGCCAAAACUUUUGUCGGAUUCGAUAUAACUGUAUUUGAUAAGAACCUUUUUAGGAGUGCAAAAUGCCCCAAGGAAGUAUUCAUUGGCAAGGGACGCAGAGAAGAGCCUGCGCUCCAGGAGCACACUGGAACGUCCAGGUGGUGAGAGGCAAAGUGACAACGCGGUGCUUGUGGUACGCCUGCAAAGCUCUUGGACUUGGUGUACUACUAAUGCUUUUAGGAACUUGCAUGGCAACCAUAGGAUACUUCGCAGAUCAGCUAUCAGAGGCACAAGAGAUCAGAGGUAAUCUAACAAUAAGAGUGAAGAAUGAAUCACGUGGAUUCCAUUUAAACAACCUCAGUUAUGCCGGCCCCAUUGUGAUGGGCGUAGGAGGUUUUAUCGUAGUAGCAGCUUGUGUAAUGACAUUCGAGGCUCGUGAUAACGCUGCCAAAGUAGUUCCAGCUCGUUUUCGCUUCAGUCAAACGUCGACAAUAAAAAACCCAAGAAAUCAACGAAAUCGGAGAUCCACGUCCAGCCAGACGGCCAAAUGGGAUCACCAAUUAGGGGUGUUCAAAGUGAACAGAAGCCCAAGUCCAAGUAUACAAGAGGUUUCCAGAAAGCAGCUAACCGCAGAGUUUAUGCAAUUUUCGAAAGAACUGAACGAGAAACAAACUGGACACUCGAUCAAAAAAAGUCCCAGUGCCCCGACCUUGAUAGACAAAAGAUCUCCCCGUAAGAGAACCCCAAAAUAUGCUGGAUGCGCGCUGUUGAAUCCAGAAUUGCUUCAAAGACACGCGCUCUCCGUUGAUAACCCUAGCUACAGUCCUCACCAGGUGAGUAGAGAAAGCUUGGACCAACAGAAAAUGGGAGGCAGUCAAGUGUCGAUGGCGAUGGAUCUUCACAUUCCUAAUAAGGGUCCUGUCACGCUGAAGGUGAAGGAUAGGUCUGACACAGCAAGGAGACAUCAACUACUUCGGCAGACGAAAGUAGAAUAUGUCGAAGAGGUUGAUGAGGCACGAUCACCUACUGGUCGUGGUCUUUCCCCUAAAUUAUCAGGUGCCUAUUGCAAAUAUCCAGACGAUUUUGUACCGCGCAAAAGAAACUCGAUGGACAUAAGACUGUUCGAGGAGCUGACCGCAACGAAAGACCUAACAAAAAUAUCACCCCGGGAUUUCCGCAAGAUUUCCUCUCCAAGUUUCCAUAAAAUGUCGUUCGACAAGAUUGGAAGCGAGCGCAGGGUCGAGAGAUGCAUGGGUCAACGCAAAGCGAGCCUCGAGUUCCGAAAGAGCCCGGAUUUUCGCAGAGGGGACUACAGAAAGCUAUCUGUGGACAGAUUCAGCAUCGAUUGCACCAAGUACCUGUCGGACGAGGUGGAAAUUCGAUCGAGAGCGAGCAGCGGUGAAAAUCUGAGAAGGCAGCGGCAGCCAAAAUUGCACCACUCGAGAUCGGACGACAAUAAGAGGCAGUCAUUCGAGAAACAGAAAGACGCCCAGUCUAGCAGACACUCGUUGAACACUCAAGCUGUGGUCGAAAGCGGAUGCGAGAUCGAGUUUAAAUAUUUCACGACAACUUCGCUCGACACCGAAGAAAGUCGCGCGGACAAUUCUGAAGGCAGUCACACGAUCGACGUGGACGAAACGAUUCCUACGAUCAUCACUUCCGAAGGACCCACCGAAGCCGAUGCCUUACUCGAAGAACCGGAAUUAGAGAACCUCCCGGAGAAUGACCUAGAAAACUCCCGACACGAUCGACAGGAAAUUAAGAGAUGCGAGAAGCAGAUUGCCAAAACGGAACGUCUGAUCGGCAACGGCCAAUUGUCGAAGGAACGAGGGAACUUGGAGGAGUUCGGAGAGAAUGAGGAAACCAUUUUGUACGUCGAGGACGAUGAAGUCUGAGGCAAUUCAGAUUAUGGUCUUCGUGAAUAAUUGGGAGGAAGAGGAAGCAACAAGUUGAUUAAUUGUCAAGUGUAGAGAACGUAUAGAGAUGGAUUUCGGUGAAAGUGGGAAACAAUUUUUUAUGUGAUGAAGUUUAGGAAGAUUGGUUGCAUAUUUUAGGGAACUGGGAAGGGUACAAUGCAACAAGUAUGGUAAUGUAUAGUGUGACCUAGUCGAAAAUGAGUACAGGGUUUCCAAUACUUUGUUAUAUGAUUUAAUAAGACCUUGCAAUCUAAUAGAAAUGCAGGUAAUUUGAAAUCUAGUAAAAUUACAGGAGGACAUGACUAAUGAAAUUAUUUCAAUAUUUGAUAUUUAUGUUCCAAUUUUAUUGACACACCCCGUGUAAUAUCAUAAAAGACAUUGAUUGAUAACAAUUUCGGGAAUUAUUUUAUUAAGUUGUAACGUUCUUUACUGAAUUGAAAUUGUCUUCCUUGCUACACAAAAUUUUUACGAGUAUUUUGAAAAAUUCAAAGCCUUAUUGACAAAAUUUAAUUACAUUUUUGACUUGCUUUUGGCAAAAGUUAAAUUUGAGAAUUUCUGUAGUGCAUAGAAAAGUAGAUAUAAAGAACUCAUUAUAUUGAAGAAGCUGCAGAGAAAUGUGUCGAAUCGAUGCGAAAGAGGAUUAAGAAAAUUAAGGUUAAGUUUCAUGAAUAAGUCGAGGAAUAAAUUGCAGUGUAUUGUAGACGGAUUUAAAAAUUGAGAAGAUUUGAAUCGACAGAUUUUAUGUAAUAUACAGUAUUUGGAUUUUUGCAUAUUAAUCGGUUGUCUCGCCAAAUUGACACAGCCGAUUGUUGUUUCAUAACGCGUUUGUUAAGACGCUGAAUAUUUAUAACGUUCAAAGAUAAAAAGUUGGUAAUGGAAACUUAGAUAGAUCAGGGUUGAAAAUAACGAGUUGAAUAUUUAAUAUUCAAGUGUUAUUUAUAACUGUAAGAAAAUUAAUUUUUUCUAAACUUUUCUUUCUCUUCGUGUAAAGUACUUCAUGUAAAUACAUUACUAAAAUUAAAUAUU